AUGGAUUACCGAUUGCAGUGGGAUCCACUUCAAUACGACAAUAUCACAAGCAUCAGAUUUGCGGGUGGUGAAAAUCAGAUUUGGAGGCCUGACGUUCUUUUGUACAACAGUGCCAGCGAAGAUUUCGAUUCAUCAUUCAAAUCAAACGAAGUCGUUUACAAUACGGGAGAAGUCAAUUGGAUUCCGCCCGGAAUAUUCAGAGCCAGUUGCAAAAUGGAUAUCACGUAUUUCCCAUUUGAUGACCAAGUCUGCUACUUGAAAUUCGGAUCAUGGACUUAUCACGGGUUGGCUUUGGAUUUAAGUAUCAUCGCUGAAGAAGAUGAAGAAGGUAGACACGAAGUUUCCGGUGAAGGAUUCAAAUGCAUUCAGUUUCAGAGUUCUCAAUUGAUUUGUCAACUUACACUCCGAGCGGAGAAUGGCAUCUAACCAAAGCACCGGCAGUGAAAGACGUGAAAUACAAUUCCUGCUGUAAAGAACCUUACUCAACUGUUACCUUUUACAUGUUUUUGAGGUACUUUCAUUUAAGAAACGGAAAAAUACGGGUCAUUGCAGACGACGCACUUUAUUCUAUCUGUUCAACAUAAUUCUCCCGUCUCUCCUCAUCUCUAUCAUGACACUAAUGGGAUUUUGCCUUCCAGCUCACGAUAUGUCGGAGAAGAUAGGCUAUCGUAAUUAUUCGAGUUUAAUCCAGUUCCCUGUUGAAUAUACUUUUUAGAAACUACCAUUCUAUUAUCGAUCUGCUUCUUUGUCACAAUCGUGAGUGAAAUGACGCCUCCAACAUCUGAAUCAGUUCCGUUACUCGGUAAUUUUAUUCGGACAUUACCGGAAAUCGAUCUCUACAAUUUCAGGAAUGUUUUUCUCAUCUCUCACGCUCAUAAGUGCUGUUUCCACGGCUUUCACAAUUACCGUACUCAACUUCCGUUAUCGUCAAGUUCAAAACAUUCACAUGCAUCCCCUUUUCUACAAAGUAUUUCUCAUAUGGAUUCCCUGGUUAUUGCUCAUGAAACGGCCGGGUGUUUUCUACAGAAAGCGGAAAGCGACGUCACAGGAGAGAGAUGACGUCUCCUUCUUUGAAAACUGUGAAGACGAGGUACGCACAUACACACAAUCCCAAUCAUUUGUCAAUUCGCGUAAUCCAGUGCUGCCCGAAAGAUCCCGAGUUCGACUACUCGCUCUCCAUUGACAGCGCCGACACUCUGCCGCUUCCACCUCGGCCAAAGCCACUUCUCAAGAAGAUGCAUAGGUUGGACUUGCACAAAGCUCAUCUAUCAAUCAAACUCACUUUUUUCUCAGCGUUCCCGCCGAGCAUCUGCGGUUGGACCGCAAAGUCGGCGACGGAAUUCUAAAAAGUCAGCGAAGACCGUUAGUCCUAACCAAAAACGUCAACAAAAGUCAUUUAUUACGGAGUCGGAGGUAUACUCAGUUUGAGAAAUAUAUCAAGAAAUGCAUCGACGACGCUAAAUUGAGAAGUGAGGGAAAUGAGGGACCAAAACAAAUGGAUUAUUACAGAAAACUCGACCUACUCCACGUAUUCACUAAUGAUUAUAAACUAUUACCGGCAGAUUGACGAAAUGCUCAAAUUGAUGAAUCGGCGGCUGGACAAACAACGAAAAUACAUGUUUCAGCAGGAAGACUGGAAGUUUGCCGCCAUGGCUCUCGACCGUUUGUGCCUGUUACUCAUCACAGUCCUCAUUGUUAUCUGUCUUUUCGGAAUGUUCCUGUCAACACCUCAUUUUGAUCCGUAA